CGUUAACAUUAAAAGCAAUGCAAAAGCAAAAGCAACUGCUCUUGCUAAUUGGUGUCCUUUGUACGCUGCUUAGCUCACAAGGCAAUGGCGGUGCAUUGGCUGUAAUUUGGCCAUGUGAAAGCUCCGCGGAUUGCACUGCUGAUGGCUCAAGUUGUGACCCAGAUACGAGUCAAUGCAAAUGCUUGGGCUUUGACACGGUCUUCUCGGCGAAUUAUACGCAAUGCCUGAGGACGUCGCUCAUUGGUGACGCAUGCCAGGACACAGUUCAAUGCAAUCUUAUGCCAACGGGAGCCAGCUGUAAAAAGGGGGUCUGCGAUUGCGCCGAUGGCCAAACCUAUUUGAGUGGCAAGUGUAGACCAUUGAAUGGACUCAACGAGCCCUGCGAGAAGGAUUCCGACUGUUAUUUUGGCUACGAUCGAGAUUCGGUGAGCUGUGAAGAGAAGGUCUGCGCCUGUGCAAAUGGCUAUUAUCACAGAUAUGGAAACAUAUGCCGUCGCAGAUCAAUGGAAAAGGACGAUGCCUGCGUCGUUGAUAAGGACUGUGAAGAACUGGACGCGAACGCGGCUUGUGUUAGUUUAAAAUGCACCUAUGCGGAUGAUACCAGCACGCCAGCCAGCACAGAGACUACGCCGGAUGAGAGCGAGACCACGCCGCAGGAUAACGAUACAACAGAAACCGAAACUGAAACUGAACUAAAUACAAUCACCACUGAAGCAGAACCCAGCGUCAGCUUUGUGCGCGAAAAGAAAUAUUUCACAAGGGCUUUCAUAGCAAACACGCCCACACAUCGCGAUGCCGCCGCCCAAGCCUCACUCACACUAAUCAAUGGCGAUCGCGAGCUGCUCCUAACCCCGCGUCGUUCACGUGAAAUUGCCGUGCAGACGAGCAUUGACAACUAUGAGCUCGAGCUCGCGGAACUGGCACCCACUGUACGCGAUGUGGGCACAACGACAGUCACAGUCUCGAACAGCGGCAGCGCCGGCAGUCGGCGCACAUCCACCCAUGCGCUCAACAUUCAACGUCGCCAUCUCCCCGCCAUCUUUAGAUUUGAAAAUGAAGAUGUCAGAACCUAUUCGACAUUGGGCUCGAGUCGCGACGAUGAGGAGGAUAAGAAAUACGGCAGCAGCUGCACAGAGAAUGGAAAAUCCUGCACGGGUCUGCCGCACUCCGUCUGCACCAAUAAAAUCUGUGUCUGCAGGCAGAACUACUAUGCACGCAAUGGAACAUGUUUUGCAGAGCUUGGUGAGAUAGCGGAGAGCAAGGAUCAGUGCGAACAUGAAUUCGAUAAACUGACCAAGAUAUGUAAAUGCCAAAAGAAUUAUUUCUAUGAGCGCGAUUUGCGCAACUGCAGAAAACCGAUUCAGUAUCAUUUGUCCUGCACAUCGAAUAGCCAAUGCAGCCCCUUCGGCGCCUCCUUUUGCCAUCCUCAAAUACCGCGACGUUGCACCUGCGAGGAGUAUGCACAGUAUAAUGAGAUUACACAGAUGUGUGAGUAUAAGGAUGGCCUGGGCGCCGAGUGUGAGUCCAACGAUGGCUGUAUUGUGGAUCAUUCCGUUUGCUCAAAUCGCAUUUGUGUUUGCAAGGACAAGUUUUUCGAAAAGGAUGAUCUAUGCAUAGCAGGCAUAGGCGCUGACUGCUCAGAUGAUGAGGAAUGCAUGGCAGAGGAUUCGGUUUGCUUGGAACACAGCAAUAGUACAAAGAGCAAGGACUUGGAGGCGGCACGCACCUGUCAAUGUCGCAAAGGCUAUGUGCACUUCAAGGAUGAGUGUCUAAAGGAAGCGGAACAACUGGAGGAGGACUGUGUUGAGGAUGAGCAAUGCAUGCCGCUCUUGGCCAGCUGUAGCACCGAGGGCAAAUGCAGCUGCUCCAGUGAGCAGCAUGCAAAGAAUGGUGUAUGCGUAACGAAACGACUUGUGAACGAGCCCUGCUCCAAGGCCACCGAAUGUUUUGUGGAAAAGGAACCGGAAACUGUCGAGUGCCGCAAUUCCGUAUGUCAAUGCAAGGCUGGCUUUCAACCCAGCUCAACCCAUCGGCAAUGCAAUCGCAUACCAAAUAAAAAGAAUUCUUCCGGUAGACCGAGUGCUCUAAAAAUCAUAACCUUUGCACUGAUUGGCUCAGCAUUUCUGAUAACAAGUGCGGCCAUCAAGCAGGCCUACUACUAAGCCACACCCAAUGCACGCGCCUGCGAACGCAGCUAAUCGCAGCCUGAGGAAAAAUGUUACUCAAUAGCAACAACAAAAGAAAAACUUGUUAUUUAAUCAUAAACUAUAUAAUAUUAAGUAUAAGGCGUUGUGAACAAGCUACCUUAACUAAACUAAGCUACUUACUAGUAUUGGCAACAGCAUCGAGUUAAUUGUUGCAAGUAGUUUUAAUGUUUAAGUAGCUCCCAAAAUUGCAGCAACUUGACAACUUAAGUCAAUACUUAGGACUUGAAGCAAUAACUAAUGACUUGUAAACACCAUAAAGUAGUUUUACUAAUGUUAAACGAAUUGAUUUAAAAAUGCAAUCCUUAUGUAUAUAUGCUAAUAAGCUAGUUAAUAUAGAAACCUAAAUAUGCGUGUAUGUAAGCUUAAAGGAAUUAUCCUUAAUGUUAUGUUUAUCAAUAAAAUUGCAUAUUAAAGAAUAUUUCUUAACUCAAAAAAACGUUGGAAUGC